UUUGUAUCGGUCGUACUUCUUCCUGUCUGUCAGUCCUUUUUCUCUCCGAGUGUGUGUGUGUACGCAUAGUUUCCCAUACAGUAGAUCAAAUAGAUCGAGUAGCUAGAAAUUGAGAAUUGGGGACUGGGUCGAUCCAGAAGAUUAGCAGUUUUCUCCUGUACGAACAGGGUCGACAAGAACCUCCAGUACCUAAUCAAGCUCCUGCUACAUCUCCAGGAGACCCUGUAGAAAUUAACAUGGACGUCUACGCGUGGACUUCCGGUGAUAAUCAAAUGGGACAAGAUUGGUUUGUCGACGAGGCGGAACUAUUUGAAAUGCCAAAUUUGCUAGUGGACAUGGCGGUGGGACUGCUCGUGAGCCCACCAAGGUUGGGGCCCGUGGUGUCUGUUGAGUCGCCGGAGAUUUCGGACGCAUAUAGUCUUUGGGAAAAUGAUACACGGAUACCUCAUCAGAUGCGUGGAUUUAGGCUGGACGGUUGUGGAUUCGGCUCCUCUCAAGUCUUUGCUGCUGACGGUGCCCCGAAGAGGGGCAAGAUCCUUAACCUAAUCCUCGAAGACUUUUUUCGUACAAGGGAACUAAGGGAACGAGAGUUGGUGCUACUGAAGAAGGGGAACAAAACGUGUUUGACAACUCGUGCCCAGCCUUUCCAUUACUACAGUCAUCAAGAUUUCAAGAAACCCUGUGAUGUCCAUGGACAGCAAAGGGGAAUUGUUGGAUCUCCAAUUAGACCAGAGCGCACACAGGGCUUUAUCAACAUACCAUUUCCAAAUUUAAAUCUUGCAGGAGUUGAUGUUGCGCACAAUUCUGUGAGUGGUAUUUAUGAACAUAAAUAUGGAGUUGUUGAAAGCCCACAUAGACAGGAGCUCCUGCAGAACAUAGAAAACAUAGCGCAUGAUGAAGGAAAUAUGGAAAUCGAUGUGGCAAAUCCUGAAAGAGGUGGUGCUAGCAUAGAACCGAGAGACAGUGAAGUGAUUAACAUAAAAAGGCAAAAGUCAAGUCAUACUUUAAAAAGCAAACUUGGAAUUACUCGUGAGGUUCUUGAACAAAAUUCUUGGAGGAGUCUUAAGGAUGCUGCAAAAGUUCUUCAAGUUAGCCGAUCUACGUUGAAGCGUAGAUGUAGGGAGUACGAUAUUGACAGAUGGCCAUCUCGUAAAGCAAGAAAGGUUAAUCAAGCCUUUGCUGAACAAAGAGUUGUUCAGCCUUCUACUGAAAAUACUGAAGAACAACACCGGCCAGACACAACAAGGCUAGGAGAUGAUAGUAGCAUCUGGGUGAAAGCAGAAUAUCAAGGGUAUACCAUGAAGUUUAGACUUCCAUUGUCAGCCCACAAAUUCAAUUUGGAGGAGAAAGUUGCACAACGAUUGAAUCUACCGACUGGAAGUUUUAAAAUUGAGUAUCAGGAUGAAGAGAAUGAAUGGAUUUGGAUAGCCUGUGAUGAAGAUUUGAGUACCUGUAUGAGCACAUUAAGCUCACUAGUAUCGAACUGCUAAAAUUAUAGCAGGGCACAUCCAAAGGUAGAUAACGAGACCUGAGCAUUAACUCUACAUCACAGAAACAGUACAAGCAAUGGCAAACCCAAGGCCUUAAUGACAGCCUCCACCACAUCCAGCACUAAGAGAAUUGCCUUGGCUAGACUAACAUUCAAAGCCUCAGGUCCCAGCAAGGAUAAAGUGAGAACAAAACAAGCUGCCCAAGAAUGUUGAGACUUCUUGCAGCUGGGAUUGGUGAUGAGAAAAAUCGGUUUUUUUUAACCUUUCGGAUUUUUUCUUUGUGUUAGUCAUAUUUGUAGUGUGUGAUGUUCGGAAUUUGUGAUUUGAGGGAAUUACUUAAUAUUAACAAAAGUAUAUUGUUGAGGAGAA